CCACCCAACCUAAACCACACCCAUUCGACGUGGCAGUCAGCUAACCCACCCUCCCCAGCCUCCCGCCGCAGACCAUGCACACCUCGUCGGCGCCAUCCCGCUGGGUGCGCGCGCGUUGGUCACCACCCCGUCUCCUACAUCAGCACCACCCCAGCCUCCUCCUCGCGUCUCCUCCCACCUCGAUGCACACGUCCGUACCACCGGCGCACCACGCCCGCCACUCUCUGGCUCGUGCCAUCACCACCAGCCUUUAAAGCUUGAGCUCCACGCCUCGCAAAGUCGUAACCAUACCUUGGAGAAGCGUCAUCGCGCAGACCCCACCCCAUCGGCCUCUCGUCCUCUCUUGAACCCUGACACCCUCCUCCUUACUUAAACUCGGCUUGCUUUUGCGGCAGUGGCCAGAGAAAGUAGAGCAGCGUACAAGGCUAGCCAGCUGCUAGCUGCAUGCAUGCAAUGGCGCGCACCGUGCACGACCGCCUCCCGUUCCUGGCCUCGCCCCCGCCCGCGCGAGAGAGGGGCAGGAACCCGUCCCUUGCCGAGAUGCUCCGCCUCGUCGGCGCGGCCACCGUCGACCCAGCCGCCGCGGAGGACGACGGCGCGGCGUCCGCGUUCUCGCUCUCGCUCCCGCUCCCCACCACGCCUGGUCACGGUAUGGUCGGCGUCGGGGGCAGUGCGGGCGUGGAGAUCGGGCGUAGCAUCCAGUUCCGCCUGGUGUUCUCUAACCUGACCUACAGCGUCCGCACCAAGGAGCGCGCGAGCCCCGGUGGGGGUGGCGGGCUGCGCCUGCCCAUGCAGCGCCGCUGCGACCACGCCACCGCGGCGCUCCACGCGCACGCGCCCCGCACGAGGGCGCUGUUGGACGGCAUUUCGGGGGAGGCGAGGGAGGGCGAGGUCCUGGCCGUGAUGGGCGCCAGCGGUUCCGGCAAGUCCACGCUCAUCGACGCGCUCGCCAACCACAUCUCUCGCGACGCGCUCAAGGGGGCCGUCACGCUCAACGGCGAGCCCCUCACAGGCAACAUCAUUAAGUCCAUCUCCGCUUACGUCAUGCAGGACGACCUGCUGUUCCCCAUGCUCACCGUCAUCGAGACACUCUCCUUCGCCGCCGAGUUCCGCCUCCCCAGAGUACUGUCCCCGGCCAAGAAGCGCGCGCGCGUGCAAGCGCUCAUCGAACAGCUCGGCCUCUGCGCAGCGGCCAACACCAUCAUCGGUGACGAGGGCCACCGCGGGGUGUCCGGAGGCGAGCGCCGCAGGGUCUCCAUCGGCACCGACAUCAUCCACGACCCGAUCCUCCUAUUCCUCGACGAGCCGACGUCGGGGCUCGACUCCACCUCGGCGUUCAUGGUGGUCAAGGUGCUCCGCCGUAUCGCUGAGAGUGGCAGCAUUGUCAUCACAUCCAUCCACCAGCCGAGCCAGCGCAUCCUCGGCCUCCUCGACCGCCUCAUCCUCCUCUCCGGCGGCCGCACAGUCUUCAGCGGGCCACCCUCCGCCCUCCCGACCUACUUCGCCGAGUUCGGCUUCCCAAUCCCAGAAGACGAGAACCGCGCUGAGUUCGCGCUCGACCUAAUCCGCGAGUUCGAGUCGUUGCCGACGGGGACUAAGCCGCUCGUCGACUUCAACCGUACAUGGCAGCGGAUGCACGCUCCAAGCCACGGCUCGGCGGACGCUGAUCUGUGGGUGCCCACGAUGCCGCUGAAGGAGGCCAUCAGCGCGAGCAUUUCGCGCGGGAAGCUGGUGUCGGGCUCGGACGUGGCCGGGGAGGCGGCGUCGGUGCACACCUACGCGAACCCGUUCUGGGUGGAGAUGAAGGUGCUGACGAAGAGGUCGGCAAUCAACUCACGGCGCAUGCCGGAGCUGUUCCUCAUUCGUCUGGGCGCCGUGGUGGUCACCGGCGCGAUCCUCGCCACCGUCUUCUUCCGGCUCGACCAGUCGCCCAAGGGCGCGCAGGAGCGGCUCGGCUUCUUCGCCUUCGCCAUGUCCACCAUGUUCUACACAUGCGCCGACGCGCUGCCGGUGUUCCUCCAGGAGCGCUACGUCUUCCUCCGGGAGACCGCCUACGGCGCGUACCGACGCGCCUCCUACGUGCUCUCCAACGCAAUUGUGUCGUUCCCGCCGCUCGUGGUCCUCUCCCUCUCCUUCGCCUUCACCACCUUCUUCGCCGUCGGCCUCGCUGGCGGCGCGUCCGGGUUCGCCUUCUACACGCUGGCCAUCCUGGCGUCCUUCUGGGCCGGGAGCGGCUUCGUCACGUUCCUCUCCGGCGUCAUACCGCACGUGAUGAUCGGGUACACCGUCGUCGUCGCCAUCCUCGCCUACUUCCUGCUGUUCAGCGGCUUCUUCAUCAACCGAGACAGGAUCCCGGGCUACUGGAUAUGGUUCCACUACCUGUCCCUGGUCAAGUACCCGUUCGAGGGCGUGCUGCAGAACGAGUUCGGCCGCGGCGGCGAAUGCUUCGUGCGGGGCGCGCAGAUCUUCGACAACUCGCCGCUGGCGGCGCUGCCGGACGCGGUGAAGGCCCGGGUGCUGGCGUCCAUCAGCUCGGCGCUCGGGGUGGGGAUCGGCGCCGACACGUGCGUGGUCACGGGGCGCAGCGUGCUGCAGCAGACGGCGGUGACGCAGCUCGGCAAGUGGGAGUGCCUGCUCGUGACGGCGGCGUGGGGGUUCCUCUUCCGGCUGUUCUUCUACUUCAGCCUCGUGCUCGGCAGCAAGAACAAGAGGAGGUGAUCGUGCUGCCACGGACUUGUCUGUCUGUGUACGUACGUGUACCGACAUGCGCGCGCGCGUAUGUCCAUUUGAAUGGUCGAACCGUCGAAGCUAGCCAUGGAAGAAAGCAAGAAGCGUGAAGUGAAGGAAGACGUAGUCAACUAGGUGGUGAUUUUUUUAUGUUUUUUGCCCUUCUUAAUUUCUCUGCUGAUUUGAUAGUGGUUUUGCAAGUAUACAUAAUGCUUGGAUCCACUAGCUGGUCGUUCGGUUUUUUUUUUUGGUUUUUUCUAUGUGUCCGAACUCCAAAGAUUAUGAAAAUGAACCGCCAUUUUGUUGUUUUCUUGGGUCA